AUGUCGGCUCCUCAACAGCAGGAACAAAGCAGAGCCCUGUGUGCAAACCCUGGGAAUCCUGUUUUCUCAUGUAUGAUGACCCCAGUUGUUAAAGACACUUCUUCUGUGCCAUGGGCGAAGCCUCAAAGCCCCUUCUACAAGACCACCUCAAGUGACUAUGGUGUUAGUCCUCCAACAUUUGAAUCAUCACCCUGUACCUACCACCCACUUUCACAAAGAUUCACAGAAGACCUUGGGAGCUGUGGGAUGUUCCGUGACAACUCCUUCAAUACAAGUCUUGAUCGAAGCAGGGUAUAUGACUGCCCUAACUUGCAAAACACUAUCUGAUUUGAUUGACAUGGUAUAACAUUGUCUUGGUGUUGAUUAAACUACCUGUUGGACCUUCACUCCAUGGACAAUGAUUGGUGUCCCGAAAACGCAUAAAAGCUGUACAUUUAAGUUCUACAAUAUACUUGUAUCAUUCUACAUACACACAAAGUAAAUAAUAUUUUUACUUGCACUUAUGUUAUUUGUGACAUUAUACAGAAACACACUAAUAGCGGGAGCAAAUUACAAUGUUUGACUUGAAAAAAAAAUAUUGUAUCACUAUAAACACAUUAGGCUACAUUGAACAAGUGGGCUAUCAGCAUUCAUUGUAAAGUGUUCCUCGUUGCAACAAUUUAUACAAAUGUCUUUUAAAUUAUUGUUUUAUUAAUUCAGGACAGGGUGCACUCCCUUGGAUGAUUUGUCUGAUUUUGUGUGUGUCGGCUUGUAGAGUUUCAUUUUGAGGAUCAAUCUCCAAAGCAGCCUGGUAAUCUUGAAGACCUAUGAAAAUAUUUCCAAAUGAGAAAAAAAGUUUAACUGACUGCAUAGGCCAUGGUAGGCAUAGUCUGCUAAACCAGCUGUCCCUACUCCCUAGCCUAGGAUUUUCACAGCAGCAUUAUUUCAGUCACAAGGCGAAAGUAGGCUUUUCAUUCUGGGCAGAACAAACAAAAUAUAAUCUACUUUUUAGCCAGCAGAGGUCGGUGUUACACAGGGUAAAGCACAAAACACCCAUCUCUGGGGCUACAGUACUUAAAUACAUUAGCUCCUUUUCUUUACACGUGGAACUUUUUGUUUAAAUCUGUAGAAAAAAGUCAAAGGUGCUAUAACUAUACUAAUUUGUUAAAUUCAGUUGUCUUUUCUCUUUUUUGCAUUUCACUUGUCCAAGUAUGAAUGACAAUGAGGUCUAAAACUAAAAUAGAAGUGCCAAGGGGAGCCAUGUAGCAUUGAGGCUUGAGAAAUGCCCUUGUUAAACGUUGCACAGACCUUCAGUAUAGAGCUCCAGUUCACAAAAAGCUGUGCCUCGUCUUACAUGGGCUCUUGUUCUGGCACCUGCAUUGCCAGCCACGGGUGGCGUCAACAGAUCAAGUGCCUGCAAUGAAAGAUUGUGGGUAUGAGGAAACAUUGUAAUGUCAUAUUCUAUACAACCAGCUCGUUUACCAACGCUGUUGAGUAAAAGGAAACAUUUACACAAGGAAGAUGAAUACUGACCCAAGAGGAAUCCUCAAUGGCUUUAUGAAGAUUCCUUAGUUUCAAGUGACAAGCAGCACGGUUUGAAUAUAUGGCAGGAAUCGCUCUGUUAAGCUUUAUGCCAAGGCUGUAAGCAUUGAUUGCAGCCAAGUAGUUACCAGUUGCAAACAAUUUGCUGAAAAACAUGGAGGGAAGACAUUUAAUAUUAAAACUGCUUCAUUGUUUGAUGAUCACUGAUUUUGACAAUAUUAGCCUACUUACUCGCCUUUCUCCUUUAACCAGUCAGGGUUCCUCUCUUCUUCUGUCAGGUCCUUCAGCUCUGCCAGGUCUGCAUUUAUUGCCCUUCUGGCCUCGGCCUGCUUCUGAAGCCACUGUUCCAACAGAACACAUUCAUAUGAUUGGGUUGGCUUGAUAAAAUGUAAAAAAUAAAACACAACAACAUGACGCUACCUCCCAAUAGGGAACCGAGAAUGGACAAACGCAACUCUUACAUAUCCCGUGUCCAUAGCUUAAAGUAAAGACAAAGCAGUCAAUACCCAUAUUUAAGGGCAAUUCCACCACUUUUCAACUUCCUUUUCCUUAUCUUCAGCAUAAUACCAGUGUCUACAUACAGUGGGGAGAACAAGUAUUUGAUACACUGCCGAUUUUGAAGGUUUUCCUACUUACAAAGCAUGUAGAGGUCUGUAAUUUUUAUCAUAGGUACACUUCAACUGUGAGAGACGGAAUCCAGAAAAUCACAUUGUAUGAUUUUUAAGUAAUUAAUUUGCAUUUUAUUGCAUGACAUAAGUAUUUGAUACAUCAGAAAAGCAGAACUUCAUAUUUGGUACAGAAACCUUUGUUUGCAAUUACAGAGAUCAUAUGUUUCCUCUAGGUCUUGAACAGGUUUGCACACACUGCAGCAGGGAUUUUGGCCCACUCCUCCAUAGAGACCUUCUCCAGAUCCUUCAGGUUUCGGGGUUGUCGCUGGGCAAUACGGACUUUCAGCUCCCUCCAAAGAUUUUCUAUUGGGUUCAGGUCUGGAGACUGGCUAGGCCACUCCAGGACCUUGAGAUGCUUCUUACGGAGCCACUCCUUAGUUGCCCUGGCUGUGUGUUUCGGGUCGUUGUCAUGCUGGAAGACCCAGCCACGACCCAUCUUCAAUGCUCUUACUGAGGGAAGGAGGUUGUUGGCCAAGAUAUCGCGAUACAAUGCCCCAUCCAUCCUCCCCUCAAUACGGUGCAGUCGUCCUGUCCCCUUUGCAGAAAAGCAUCCCCAAAGAAUGAUGUUUCCACCUCCUUGCUUCACGGUUGGGAUGGUGUUCUUGGGGUUGUACUCAUCCUUCUUCCUCCAAACACGGCGAGUGGAGUUUAGACCAAAAAGCUCUAUUUUUGUCUCAUCAAACCACAUGACCUUCUCCCAUUCCUCCUCUGGAUCAUCCAGAUGGUCAUUGGCAAACUUCAGACGGGCCUGGACAUGCGCUGGCUUGAGCAGAGGGACCUUGCGUGCGCUGCAGGAUUUUAAUCCAUGAUGGCGUAGUGUGUUACUAAUGGUUUUCUUUGAGACUGUGGUCCCAGCUCUCUUCAGGUCAUUGACCAGGUCCUGCCGUGUAGUUCUGGGCUGAUCCCUCACCUUCCUCAUGAUCAUUGAUGCCCCAUGAGGUGAGAUCUUGCUUGGAGCCCCAGACCGAGGGUGAUUGACCGUCAUCUUGAACUUCUUCCAUUUUCGAAUAAUUGCGCCAACAGUUGUUGCCUUCUCACCAAGCUGCUUGCCUAUUGUCCUGUAGCCCAUCCCAGCCUUGUGCAGGUCUACAAUUUUAUCCCUGAUGUCCUUACACAGCUCUCUGGUCUUGGCCAUUGUGGAGAGGUUGGAGUCUGUUUGAUUGAGUGUGUGGACAGGUGUAUUUUAUACAGGUAACAAGUUCAAACAGGUGCAGUUAAUACAGGUAAUGAGUGGAGAACAGGAGGGCUUCUUAAAGAAAAACUAACAGGUCUGUGAGAGACGGAAUUCUUACUGGUUGGUAGGUGAUCAAAUACGUAUGUCAUGCAAUAAAAUGCAAAUUAAUUACUUAAAAAUCAUACAAUGUGAUUUUCUGGAUUUUUGUUUUAGAUUCCGUCUCUCACAGUUGAAGUGUACCUAUGAUACAAAUUACAGACCUCUACAUGCUUUGUAAGUAGGAAAACCUGCAAAAUUGGCAGUGUAUCAAAUACUUGCUCUCCCCACUGUAUGUGAAAACGGCGCAUUUCUAAGUUUCUAAGUUAAAAUGUUCUACCCGAUGACAUAAUCAAAAGUUAAAACAUUUUAAAAACUGUGAUUUUCAAACACUGAGAUUCACAGUGACGUGGGGAGCAAGAAUAUACCUUCCCUCUGGCAAGAAACUCGUUGCAGGUUUUGAAAAUCACAGUUUUUCUGACUUUUAAUCCUACCCUGUGAUGUCACAGAGAAUCAUUUUUUAGGACUGUUCUUAUCUUUUUAACCACGGAUCAUAGAAACGUGCCGUUUUCACAUACAGUAUGUAGACACUGGUAUGGUGCUGCAGAUAAUGAAUAUGAGGUUGAAAAGUGGCGGAAUUGCCCUUUAAUAAACCAAAGAUUCACUGAUGAAAAAACCUGGUUAAUACUUGAAAGUGGAAAGGGAAAGGAUGAGUUUACACCUCUUCCUCCUCUGGUACUCUUGAUUCUCGUAGGGCCGUGGGAACACUCGCGGUGUGAACUUGAUUUGAAUGUGCCUGUGACUUGGAACACUGCUGCAACUAUUACAGGGGUUGACAUCAACACCUCAUCGACUAUUUUAAAAUAUUACAAUAUGAGAUGUAUCCCCAAUCCAAAGAAAGGAUAGGCGUGCUGCUUUUUGGACAACGACUCCCAUUGUUAGGGCAGAGAGACCAGUAUCUUGUCAGUAUCCAUAAUCUUUAUUAUAUUUUGGGAAAACCGAGUUUGGGAAACCCUGGACUAUUUGAUAUUUAUGUUUUAUUUUUUCAUCACCUGACCUUCUAGGUAGACUGUUGCGUAGGCCUACCAAUGUCGGCUCCUCAACAGCAGGAACAAAGCAGAGCCCUGUGUGCAAACCCUGGGAAUCCUGUUUUCUCAUGUAUGAUGACCCCAGUUGUUAAAGACACUUAUUCUGUGCCAUGGGCGAAGCCUCAAAGCCCCUUCUACAAGACCACCUCAAGUGACUAUGGGGUUAGUCCUCCAACAUUUGAAUCAUCACCCUGUACCUACCACCCACUUUCACAAAGAUUCACAGAAGACCUUGGGAACUGUGGGAUGUUCCGUGACAACUCCUUCAAUACAAGUCUUGAUCGAAGCAGGGUAUAUGACUGCCCUAACUUGCAAAACACUAUCUGA